AUGAUCAACAUCUAUGCACCGACAAACGAUAAACCCGAUGACGUGAAGGACGCGUUUUACGAGUGUCUCGACAAAACCUACGGAGAGUACCCAAAGCAUGACGUGAAAAUUGUUAUCGGGGACGCCAACGCUCAGGUCGGUAGAGAGGGCUUUUUCCGUCCAAUCAUUGGUAAGGAGAGCCUUCACUCUGUAACUAAAGACGGCCUGAGACUAGUGACCUGCGCUGCAGUUAGAGGGAUGGCCAUCAACAGCACUUACUUUGCACGCAAAGACAUCCGUACGCACACCUGGAUGCACCCGAAUGGCGAAACUUGCAAUCAAAUAGACCAUGUCCUGGUAGACGGUCGACACUUCUCGCAUGUUUUAGAUGUUAGGACCUUCAGAGGACCAAACAUCCACUCUGAUCACUAUCUCGUUGUCAGUAACAUUCGAGCACGGUUAUCAACCGUAGCGGACUCAAGAACUCAGCGACCAUUGCGUUUCAAUAUCCAGCGCUUCUCAGCAGAAGGUGUGACGGACGAGUACCGCCAGAAGCUGGAUGAGCGGAUAAGGGGAAUCAACGUAGACGACAACUUCAACAAUCUAUGGGAGUCAAUCCACGGAGCGGUGAGCACAGCAGCGCGAGAAGUAAUAGGUACUUCUCAGAGAUGA